AAAUUAAUUGCGGUUAAACACACAUUCUCUCUCUCUCUCGCUCGCUCAAUCACUGUCACACACGCAGCGCGUGAGAGCUCAGCGUCCAGCGGCACAAUAUGAGGCUGCAGUGAAGACGUGUGGGCCGUUAUGAGCGGGAAGAGCCUCUUGCUGAAGGUCAUUCUUCUGGGGGACGGCGGCGUGGGCAAGAGCUCCCUCAUGAACCGCUACGUGACGGACCGCUUCGACACGCAGUCCUUCCACACCAUCGGCGUGGAGUUCCUCAACCGCGACCUGGAGAUGGACGGGCGGCUGGUCACCCUGCAGAUCUGGGACACGGCGGGCCAGGAGCGCUUCAAGAGCCUGCGCACGCCCUUCUACCGCGGCGCGGACUGCUGCCUGCUCACCUUCGCCGUGGACGACCUGCAGAGCUUCCAGAACCUGGGCUGCUGGAAGAAGGAGUUCAUGUAUUACUCAGACGUACGAGACCCCGAGCGCUUCCCCUUCGUGGUGCUGGGAAACAAGGUGGACAAGGAGGAGCGGGAGGUGGGCGAGGAUGAGGCCCGGGCCUGGUGUGAGGAGAACGGCUGCUGUCCGUACUUCGAGACCAGUGCCAAGGAUGACAGGAACGUGGGGGCCGCUUUCGAGGCUGCUGUCCGGGAGGUUCUGGCCAGCGAGGACCCCAUCGACCACACCCUGCUGAGCAGCUCCAUCGACCUCCACGGGAACCGAAAAGGGGCUCGCUCGUCCUGCUGUUGAGGUGCCUCUAAUGGUGCGUUCAAGUCAUGUCGGAUAUAUCGUAUUUACGAGUUGAACGUCGCUACAAAGUCGUUAUUAUAUGAAAGCCCGUUUUUGCCACUGAAUAAAUAAAAUGUAAAAAGUAAUUGCGACCUUUAUUUCAGAAUUGUGACUUUUUUUCUUAUAAUUGUGAGCUUGCAUCUUGCAAAUGUGACUUUAUUUUUCUCAGAAUUGUGAGAUGCAAACUCGCAAUUGCUAAAUAUAUCGUCCAGUUCUGAGGAGAGAAUAGACUACGUUCUCACAAUUGCAAGUUAAUGUCUGUUAAUGUUCUGACUUUAUAAUUUUGCAAUUGCGUGUUUAUAUCACGAGAAAAAAAGUCUGAAUUGGCAGUUUGCAUCUCGCAGUUCACACUUUGUUUCUCACAAUUGCAAGUUUAGGUUAUAUCUGACAAUUCUGAGAAAAAAAAAGUGAAAACUGCGAGAUGUAAAAUUGCAAUCGUGAGGAAAAAAAGUCAGAAUUGCGAGGUAAGUUGCACUAAUUGUUUUUUUUUUUAUUAUUCAGUGGCAGAAACGGGUUUUCAUAUUUUUACGAGUGGAACUAAAAAUGUUCUUUAAUUCCCGAUUUUCGGGGUUGGGGGCGUGUCAGUGAAAAACAUGCGGGGUGCAGCGGACGCAGAUACGCAGUGUCUGUACAGCUUGUUUGCAAACACGUGAUUCUGAUGACGCGCUAAAUACAGCUGUAGGACAGGAAGUGAUGUUUCUCCACAGGAAGCAGGAACUUAAGAUGCCUGUGUUUUGCAUCGUUUAUGAAUGCUCAAAUUGGUCAAACCCAGAAAACACAAGGAGCUUCUUCAGAUGUUAAAGGUUCUUUAUGGAACCAUUUAGACCAAAAAUGGGAGUGGCCCCCCAUAACGCAACACCGCUUCAAUUAUAUUAAUAAUUCAUUUUGUAGAUGUAGAGUCUAAAAAAUAGUUGAAGUUUAUUGUCGAAAAGUUAAAUCGCCAUCUUUUUCCGACCAAAGUCCGAAUGUCCCAGGACUUGAACGCCUCAUAAAUCGCUUCAUAGCCGUGGUCUUACAGUCUGUCUCUGGCUGAUACUGUUAGCUUGAGACGCCAGACGUGUCUCGUGGGAUACAGAGUUACCGAACAGAAAAGUCAUUUCACACACGUUCAUGUCUCUGAAGUCUGGCACACUGACGCUUUCCCAGUCGAAGACUUGUGUGCCGCUGACGUGGUGUUUAAUGAUAGCUUCGUGUCCUGGACCAUAGAUCUGGCCUCCCUUUAGUAUUCAACGGUUGAGCUUACUGUUUAAACUUACAUUUGAGCUAUUAUGUUGUGGUACUCACUUCUCUAGAUAUUUCCAAACACAUAACCCGUGUCACAUACUGCGGACACUGUUAUCGGUAAUGACAUAUUGUGUGAGAGAAAUUUUUCAUUUUUCAUUUUUACUAAGUUAUUCUUUGGGUGAAGAACACGUUUGGGUCAUAUUUCACCUAAAAUAUUAGUAAAGAAUAAAUAUAUAUAAGAUAUUACAAUUAAAAAAAAAAUUUUUUUGACAAUGACAUUAUUUUUGUGAUUUAUAAGCAUGUAACAUUAAAACAACAAAUAAAUGUAACUUUCCUCAUUAUUACUUAAACUGUAGGCCUAAAUGAUUUAUCUGUUAUUGUAGCGUUUGUUAUCUUAGCUUCGAUUCAUGCUGGUUUGAAUAAUUAUGAAACAUAAUUGUGUCCACACAUGAUGAAGAAACCUUUGCACUCUUUAAAUGAUUUAUUAUUUUAUUUUGGGUUGAAAUAUGACUUUCUGAAAUUGAUUCACCUUAUUAUGGUACAUGUAGUAAAACACAUAACCUCAAAUUGUCUGAGAUGCAUCAGCACAGCACUGCUUUUACACAGAAAGGGAAUUUCUUUUACCAUCGCAUCGAAAGAUUACACUUUUUUUUAACAGUUUAUUUAGAUUUUAUUUCGAUUUGAGUUAACCUUUUUCAGUUGUUCUGUACGGUACAGUGAGUUUGUUUUAGAUGUGUAAUAUGUAUAGUUUGAUUUAGUUCUCUAGUGUGUAUUUGAGCAGUUUUACACACCUAAUGCACGAUGAAUCUGGGCAGCAAUGCUGUAGUGUUUAAUGAAGGAUGAAGUCUCUUGCAUGAAGAGCAUGUUUGUGUGUCGUGGUCAGUUUGAGGGUUUAGACCACAUCUGAUUCACUAAAUGACUCAGGAAUGUGGCUUAGACAAAUGCACAGAUCAUUUUCUGAAAGCAUGUGGGAAUUUAAAGCUGGAGCCUCUCUGGACGUCUGCGGCCGACUUGAAGAGUCUCAGAGUCACAGCUGAUGAAUGAGUUCACAGUCGUGGUUUCCUCCAUGUGAGACCAAUGCUGAUAUCAAACCAAAGCACCUGGUUCCCAGUGUCUUGCAUUGACCUCUGAUCGUUUAGAGUGCACUUGUGAAGGACUUUGAUUUAGUGCAUUUAUAGGUACUUCUAUCUUUUAUAAUAUUGACUUAUUUCCUAGUGCUUUUAACCGGAUUUUGAAUGUUUUCUCAGCAUUUUCUCUGCAUACUGCUGUAAGAUGCAUGUAAAACACAUUGUAUGUUGUUAUAGUUUCUGCUGAUGGACAUGCUCACACAACAUUGGUACACUGUGACACGGAGAUGGAUGCAACACUGCGUUUCUCCAACUCAACCUGCUGAACAUAUAUUAACUGCUAAUAUUGGAAAAUCAGUAUCUGUCUAUUUACUGAUAGUGAUUUCCAGAGAAACAAGGUACUGGUGAAGAAUUGUUACACUAUAAUCUGAUCUGUAUGACAUAAUGGAAAGACUGUGUGUGUGAAACCGCAGCUGGAUGCAGAAGUGCAACUGUUCUGACGCGUGUUAUCAUGUUUCAGAUGUCUUUUAAUGAGUUAAAAUGUCAGCUUGAUAAGCAAACUAAAGCUUUUCAAUAAGCAGGUGACUCCCAUGAAGAAAUGUCAAUAGUUACAUUUUAUUUGUAAGGAAAUUGAACCCUAUAUUUAGGAUGGUUCAUGUUUUUUUUUUUUGCCUUUAACACGGAUGUUUUAUUGUGAGAUUCAGCCAAGCUGUUUGCGCUCGAGCUAAUGUUGUAGCAUUCCUGCCACAGUAUUUAUGAGGUUACAAAUCACAGGAGUAUUGUGUUUCGUUAAUAAAACCAUAUUUUAUGAUGUUCAUUUGUCAGUGUGACCAGUCACGACCACGCUAGAGAACUGUGGGGGAUGAACUGUGGUCAAUUAAGGGCAUUACUGCAAUGAAUGUACUGACUAUUUGUCACUUUUUACAGUUUGAUUUGUGUAAGGCUUGUGUGCUUUGCUCUGGGUAAUCCAGUAUUCAUGCUAACAGACAUCUUUAAAUGGACUCGUGUGGAGCUGUGUUACUCGUCUGUUUCACCAGUGUCAUCUCCAGUCCAAUAUUUAUGGACGUGGAGACUUCCUUCGCUUGCAAAUUUACUUUGCGAGAAUCCAAUGCGAUGAAUAAACAAACUGCAACAGCGA